CGGCAGCGCGUCGCGCGUCGGGCCAUGCACUGCAUCUUCGACGUGGCCGUCACAUUGGACUCCGAGUACGAGAAGAUGAUGGCAGAGUACCUCCAGGCCGCCCACGUGCAGGAGGUGGUCGACAUCCUGCUCGAGCUCGACAACACAUCGUCGCGCCACUACUCGAUCGCGAUCAGCUUGCACGACGUGCUGGACUGGGACGGCGCGCGAGGCGCGUGGCUCGGCACCUUCCUCGUGCACGAGCCGAGCCGCGCGCUUCCCCUCUUCGAGGAGGCGAUCCGUGCCGUCCAGCGCUCCGUCAUGGCGGCGCACGAGGACGGCCACUUCAUGUCGGUCAAGCCGUCGGUCCACGCGCGGCUCUACCGGCUCCCCCACUGCACCGAGCUGCGCAAGCUCAACGUCUCCUCGCUGCGAGCCGACGACUCCAACUGCCUCAUCCAGGUGCCGGGCACGGUGAUUCGCACGGGGCAACUCAAGAUGCUGCAGCUGUCGCGCGAGUACGAGUGCGCCAAGUGCAAGUUCCGGCACACGGUGCGGGCGGAGCUCGAGGAGCGGCACCAGAUGUCGCUGCCCGCCGAGUGCACCGCCUCGGGGGGGACGGGCAAGCCCUGCGGCGGCACCAAGUUCGAGCUCGUCGACGGGAGCGAGGAGUGCCACGACUACCAGGAGGUGCGCAUCCAGGAGCAGGACGACCUCAUCGACGCGUGCAAGCCCGGCGACGACAUCACCGUCGUCGGCACUCUGCGCAAGCGCUGGCGGCCCCUCUCGCGCGGGAACAGGCCCGACGCGGAGCUCGCCAUCGACGCGCUGCACGUGCACGUCCACAACGAUGAGGGAGCCUGCGUGGGCGCCAGAGGACUGUCUGAGGACCGUCUGAGGACUGUGUGA